GGGAGGGGAAAAGGUUCCUCUCCGGAAGAAUUUGCGCGCGGCACCGUCAAAGAUGUCGAGCGUCAGUAAAGCGGCUCAGCAAUGGGCUUCCUUUUCAAAAAUUUGGUAUUUGAUUGAUGCGAAGAUGCAGCCACCUGGAAAGAUUGCGACAAUGUGUUCAGUCAGGCUACAGGGGAAACAUAAGCCUAUCUACCAUGCACUGAGUGACUGUGGAGACCAUGUUGUAGUGAUGAAUACAAGGCACAUUGCAUUCUCUGGAAAUAAAUGGGAACAGAAGGUGUAUUCCUCUCAUUCUGGUUAUCCUGGUGGGUUUAAGCAAGUCACAGCUGCACAAUUACACCAGAAGGACCCCACGGCAAUCGUAAAACUGGCUAUCUAUGGAAUGCUGCCAAAGAACCUGCUUCGAAGAACUAUGAUGCAAAGGCUGCACCUCUUCCCAGAUGAGGUGAUUCCAGAUGAAAUCCUUAAGAACCUGUUGGAAGAACUUCCACAACCACGGCAGGUACCCAGAAGGUUGAAUGAAUACACUCAAGAGGAGAUUAAUGCCUUCCCAAGACUAUGGACACCACCUGAUGACUACAGAAUGAAAUGAAUACAUUCCCAAACCAGGACAAAGAUAAUCCAGAGAGUUAUUUAUUUUACACAGUGCUGAUUUGCAUAAUUAAAAGCUGCUUUAUUCUUCUGGCCCAUCAUUGACA